CGCAGACGCCUUUUUCAAUCGACAUCGAUGCUAAACACGCAGACUUUGUGAGAGCCAGCAACGAUUACUUUGUGACAAAUUAUGCUCCAGAAUUUUAUAUUUUUUUCAGCCCGAACACACAGACGAAAACAAUAAGUUUUAGUAAAGCCGAGUGCUGAAGGACGUAGAUGAACUGAAACACUGUAGCAUUAGCAGCAUUGCUAAGUGCUAAACAAACAGAGUAGCCAUUUUAGAUUAUAAUAAAACAAUGUUUGUGCUAAACAUACAAACUAACUAUUCGAAACAAUAAUGAAAAAUAAAAAAACACUAAUAGUUUAACUCUUGCUGGGACGCCGACAUAAUUCUGUUGGGACGAAGAUUUAUCCUCACGAAGGGUUAAAAAAAAAAAAAAAAAAGUUCCUGCAUUAAAAGUGUCUUUUUCGCCGCCUCCAGGAUGUGAAAGUCGACCAGCCAGUCGCUCCAUGGCCACUUUUGUCUACUACCAGGUGUUUUAGUGAGGUUAUAUGGUCGUACCUGUACAGCCUGAAAGUGGGAGGGGUGUGGUGACCGCCAGUGUCUCCGAGGGAAGCCGGUCGGGCCAGGCUGAGAUUUUUAUUUUUUUUCCCCCCUCCAACAACGGUGGAAGCAUCCGACGGUCGGGGACAGCUGGUGGGAGGAGGCAAGAGAGUCGCAGCUGCCUCUUUGACAAGUGCAGGAGGAACGACGCAAGCUCAUGUCUACAGAUGUGAAAGUCGACCAGCCAGUCGCUCCAUGGCCACUUUUGUCUACUACCAGCACUCCGGAGUCACUCAAAGCGUCUUUGUGGCCUUCCCCGCUCACCCCUCCUCCCCCUCGCACUUCCUCAGGGACCCCAUCGCCACGGUAACGCUCCGUAGCCUGAGCGGCGGUCGGCCUCCGCUAACGAAAGAGAUGAAAGACAGGAACCCCUGGACCAUGUCGCUGACCGUCGUCAUCGCCGUCGUUGGCGUCAUCGCUGUGGUCGCCCUGGUAACGGUAACGGUGGUCCAGAAUGUGCCCCUCCUCCAGAAGUACAAGUACGGCAUCGUUCUGGACGCCGGCUCCUCCCACACGACCGUGUUUAUCUACCAGUGGCCCGCCGAGAAGGACAACGACACGGGACGAGCGGAGCAGAAGUACGCCUGCAACGUCAAAGGUCCAGGUAUUUCCAGCUAUUCCGGGACUCCCUGGAAGGCCGGCGAGUCCCUGCGAGCGUGCAUGCAGGAAGUGGAGGAGAACAUUCCCAGGAAAAGACACGCGGAGACGCCACUUUACCUCGGAGCCACGGCCGGGAUGAGAUUGUUGGAGAAGGCCAACAGCUCGGCAUCCGAGGAGGUCUUCAAGGCCGUCUCCGAGACCCUUCUGAAGUUCCCCUUCUCCUACCAGGGCGCCAGGAUCCUCAGCGGCCAGGAGGAGGGCGCCUUCGGUUGGGUCACGGUCAACUACUUGGACGACCGCCUCAAGCAGGGACUGAAGACCACGGGGGCUCUGGACCUCGGCGGGGCGUCCACCCAGAUUAGCUUUGUGUCUAAAAUGUUUGACGGCUCUGAGUCACCCAGCAACUCUGUGACCUUCCGCCUGUACGGGAACGACUACAACCUUUACACUCACAGCUUCCUGUGCUACGGGAAGGACCAAGCCCUGAAGAUGGCGCUGGCACACCAGACGCGGGCGGGUCCUCAGACGGUAUUGGACCCGUGUAUGCACCCGGGCUACAGCAAAACCGAGGACUACUCGAGCCUUUACGACAGCCCCUGCGUGUCGGACAGGAAACCCCAAGGAGCGCCGGCCAGGUUCCAGCACAGCGGCUCAGGAAACUUCCAACAAUGCCAGGACGUGGUGCGAAACCUCCUGGACUCCAGCCAGUGCAAACACAGCCAGUGCUCCUUCAACGGCGUCUACCAGCCCAGCCUGCAGGGCAUGUUCGGGGCCUUCUCCGCCUACUACUACGCCAUGAGCUUCCUCAACCUCACCGACACGUCGGUGCCUCUGCAGACGGUCAAGGAGAGGCUCGCCGGCUUCUGUGCCACGCCCUGGGAGCAGGUGCAGCAGCAGAAUCCCCAAAUCAAGUUGAAAUAUUUAUUCGGUUAUUGUUUCACGGGCACUUACCUCAUCACGCUGCUCACGGAGGGGUACAACUUCACCGCCGAGACGUACUCCAGCAUCAGAUACGUGCACAAGAUCAAAGGGAGCGAAGCCGGCUGGACUUUGGGUUACAUGUUGAACCUCACCAACAUGAUCCCCGCCGAGGCGCCGGACACGCCCCCGCUGCCCUACGCCGGCUACGUCUCCAUCGUCUCCGUCAUCGCCGUGCUGCUCUUCGUCCUCCUCCUCCUCGCCGUCUACUCCGGCAGGCGUCGCUGCUCCAAACCGCCGCCGCCGCCACAGGUCAUAUAAACUCUGUGGAGGACAGCAAGAUGUUUGUGAGUACCUGCACUGCUCCCGUUUGUGGUAUGAAUGUGAUAAUGUAUUAAUAAAAUAACAUCUAUAUACUCA